AUGAAUAGCACUGAAACUACUCUCUUCUUGAUUGAAAAGGGGGCCGACAUUAAUCAAAGAUCAGAUGAUGGUAAAGCUCCAUUUUUAUCGGCCUGUUAUGCUGAUGAUUUUGUUCUUGUCAAGAUAUUCAUUGAACUCGGUGUUGAUGCAAAUUCAAAGGACGAAAAAGGAGCUAACGGAUUGAUGAGGAAUUUCGCUUGUAAUGAAUUUUAA